AUGUCGAAAAAUAUUCUGAUCUUUUCUUUAUUAACUGGUUUGGCAUUGUGUUCCCGCGAACAGUCCGUUUCGGCAAGAGGUUGGUAACUUUUUUGAGCGACCCUAUUUGAAGAUCAAUGAAAUAUGGUUAACUCAAUUUAACUCAGUUUUUACUCAAUUUUUGGCCAAGAAAAAGAAGGAAUCUUAGGAACUCCGGAGUGGUCCCUGUAGGGCUGUUUAGUACAUCGUCCACGUUUGAAUUAAUAAUAGAACAUUUUUUUAAAAAUAUUACAAUACGUUUGGCAAUAAAAUAAAAUCUCAACUGAGUUUCAAAUUGCAAUUCUGAAACAUUAUUGGAAUUUAUCUUUUACAAUUUCAUUUCUGGCUCAUAAUUAUUUUUUUCGAAAAAAAGUCAAUUAUUCCAAAAAUAAAAAGUAAUGUGAAACUUUUUUCUAACAGACUCCAAAAACUCAAAAAAAUCGAGUCUAAAAAAAUCCAAAAAAAUUUCUUUUUUUAUUCAUAUAAAAAAUUUUUUGUUGUCUAGUUCAUAGAAAAAAAUGAAAAAAAUAAGCGAACCUUCAGGCCGUCUUCUGUGUGGUGACAAGCCGGCGAGCGACGUGAGAAUCCGACUUUUCGACGAGGACACGGGGCCGGAUCCCGACGACCUUCUGGACCAGUCCUACUCGGACAGAGACGGCCGAUUCCAGGUCUCCGGUUCGACUUCGGAGCUCAUGGACAUUGAUCCCCUCUUCCGCGUCUACCAUCACUGCGACGACGGCGUAGUGGUAAAUUUUUCUUUUUGAACUGAAAUAUAUUACAAUUCAAAUAAUUUUUACGAAAGUCAAAAUUUUCAAUCUCGGUUUUUCGAAAUUUCCUAUAGUCCGCUCGAAAAUAGUUGCCUAUGUUAUUAAAAUUGCUUAUGACUUGUACGGCUUCAAUAUAGCGUUAAAAAUUAUUCUUUGCAUGAAGAUCAUUAUUCGAUUCGUCUAUCUAUCUUUAAACAAAUCAGCAAAAUUUUCGAACAGACUAUAACUGAAAUAAUUUGAAAUUCACACAGAAAAUGUCAACAAAAGGAGUAAAAAAGAAAAAAAACUGUAAAAUGAGCUUCAAAACCUGAGUUAAUCAUAUGCAGCUUCCUGUUUUCAGCCGGGCGCUCGAAAAGUCACUUUUGGAAUUCCAAAAUCGUACGUUUCUGAUGGGACUGUUCCAAGUAUGGUCUUCGAUAUUGGUGAGAAAGUCAUAAACCUUUCAAAAAGUCAUAAUUUCAGGAACUUUGAAUCUUGAGACAAUUUUCCCCGAUGAAGGAAGGGAAAUUUUCGAAGUCAAGAGGCGUCGUCGCGCCAUCAGAAAGGUUUUUUUUUUCAUUUUCUGAGAGUGAACGGAUUUCAUAGAUAAAACUCUAUUGGAAAAAAAUCUUUGAAAAGAAAAUUUCCCUCCAAAAUUUUGGAAAAACCCGAUAAAUUUCAAGUUCAGUUGAAAUUCAACUCAACUUCACAUGAAAUUUUGUCUAAUGAACCUGAAUUUGAUUUUUGAAUUCAACUAAAAAAAUCCUAGGAAGACGAUUUCGUGGACCCUUACACUGGCGUGAUUUUCCCAGGCCGUCAUGUCAAGACCAGUAGCAGCAGCAGCAGCGAAGAAACGCCCGAAAACCCCCAAGUGGUCACUAAAGUGACGGCUGACACUGCAGUCAAGAGCGGGUUGCACUAA